AUUUAAAAAAAAAGUGAAGAAAGAAAGUGAAAUAUAAACAAACAAAUAAACUCUCCCCCCAGCAAUAACGAGGGGGUGUGAAAGGGUAAACAAUAAAACAUACGCCAUUGUGUGUGCAGCUAAGAAGAAGAAGAAGAAGCACCAACAAUAACAGCAACAAGAAGGAGAAGGAGCACCUUACUGCGUCGCAGCAUUUUACCGUUGUAGUCAGCCAGCACCCAUCAUCAUCUGCCCCAAAAAAAAAAGCUGAAAAGAAAGAGCCCGAGGACAGCCAUCAAUUAAAAGCGAAGAUCAUUGCAGAAACUGCAGGCGGCGGAAUAUAUUGUUUUGGUGGCGGUUGCGGAGGCGGAAGGCGGGGCAAGGAGACUGCGUCAUUGAAGGCAGCGAUCCCGGACGGCGCAGCCGCAGAGCUGUUGUCCGGGACGGAGACGGAGAACAACAACACAAGCAACGGAGGAGGAGGAGGAGGUGGUGGCACCCACUCACAUCUGCUCGGAAUCGGAAUAGCUCACAAACGGCAACACCAUGAUCUCAAAUAAAAAGUCAUAUGCGAUGAAAAUGCUGCAACUGGCACUGGCCCUGAGCCUGCUGCACUACAACCCGGACUACCUGCUCCAUCGCUGGGAUUCGCAGCUGGAACUCGGCUCCCAUGGCGAUGGCUGGGAGCUGGAGAUGCUGCGCACCGUCCACCGGCUGGACAUGGACCAGAACCCCUAUGGCAAUCGGAAAGGGUUGAGUCCCCGGAUCGAGGAUCUGCUCAAUCUGAUGGACCCCUCCAUGGAGGGCAUGGGCAGCGGGGUGGGCGAGUACAAGCUGCCAACCAGCUUCAACGGCAGCACCUUCGUGAUGAACCUCCACAACACGACCGGAAACAGCAGCGUCCAGACGGCCGCUCUGCAGGAUGUGCAGGGCGCUGGGGCUGCUGGGACAGCUUCUGGCUCGUCCUCCACGGGCGGGGCAUCCAGCGGGUCGUCUCUCGGAGAAAUCCACAUCGACACCUCGUCCCUGGCAGCUGGAAACGCGAACCACUCUCUACUGCGUCCCGCCCCGGAGCUGGACAUCAUCCUCUCGCCUCACCUGCUGCAGGAUCAGCGCUCCAUCUGGGAACAGAACCUGGCCGAUCUCCACGACUACAACGACCUGCCGCUGCAGUCCAGCCCGUACGCCAAUCUACCUCUGAAGGAUGGCCAGCAACAGGCCCCCAACAGCUCUCACCUGGAUCUCAGCCUGGCGGCGUUGCUCCACGGCUUCACCGGAGGAAGCGCCACUCCUCUUAGCACGGCGGCCCUCAAUGACAGCACCCCGCAUCCCAGCAAUCAGGGCAGCCAGAUUGUGGAGAACAACUCGGACGACGUCCUGGAGGACAGUCUGUACCUGGGCCGGCUGUUUGGCGAGGAGGAGGUGGAUGACGAUGAUGCGGAACUAGCCGGCGGAGUGGCCAACGCCUGUGAGGUCGAGGGUCUCACCACCGACGAGCCGUUUGGCUGUUCCAGCUUUGCCAACGAAGUGGAGGUCGGAGGAGGAUUCGAGGAGGAGGAGGAGAGUGAGAUCGCCGAGGUGCUCUACAAGCAGGAUGUGGACUUGGGCUUCAGCUUGGACCAGGAGCAGAUCAUCAAUGCCUCCUAUGCCAGUGGCAACAGCGCCGCCAGCCAGGCCAAGGGCCGACUGGAGGAGGAGGCCAAGACGUCGGACCCCUCGCUCGGACCCGAAUCCACCGAAGACGCCCUGAAGGAUCCCGCCACCGAGACCACCGAGGUCACUGGCGCCACCGUUGACGAUAUUGAGAAGCUGAAAGCUCUCGAGGAGCUUCGGCAAGAUAAGGACAAGGACGCCGAGAACCUACUGGAGGACAUUACCAAUGAAUGGAACGGAAUACCCUUUACCAUCGACAAUGAAACUGGUGAAUACAUUCGCUUGCCUUUGGAUGAUUUGCUGAACGACGUGCUCAAGCUCUCUGAAUUCCCGCUCGAAGACGAGUUAUCCAACGAUCCGGUGGCCUCCACUUCCCAGGCAGCUGCCGCUUUGAACGAAAACCAAUCGCUUAGGACCAGCUCGGAGACCGGCGAAGAGUUCCUCGGCGGCGAGGUAGUGCCCCUCAAGCAGCGUAGGAUCGACACCAAGGACCAGGAGAACGACCCGGAAAAGGACAACAACGGAGGGGACGACUUCUCGGUCAGCGACUUUGACGACUUGCAGAACUCUGUGGGCUCGCCCCUGUUUGACUUAGAUGAGGACGCCAAGAAGGAGCUAGACGAGAUGUUGCAAUCCACGGCUCCGCCCUACCACCACCCCCAUCCUCACCACGGCCAUCCCCAUGCGCAUCCCCAUCCGCACCAUCAUGCCGCCACGAUGCACCACCACGCCCAUGCCCAUCAUGCCGCCGCCGCUGCCGCUGCCCACCAGCGUGCAGUGCAGCAGGCCAACUAUGGCGGCGGCGUUGGCGUCGGUGUCGGAGUCGGAGUGGGCGUGGGCAGCGGUACGGGUAGCGCCUUUCAGCGUCAGCCAUCCAGCGGUGGAUUCCAUCCCAGCCAUCACCAGGGUCGUAUGCCGCGCCUGAACCGCAGCGUCUCCAUGGAACGGCUUCAGGACUUUGCCACCUACUUCAGCCCCAUACCCAGCAUGGUGGGCGGAGUGUCGGACAUGUCGCCGUAUCCCCACCACUAUCCGGGCUACUCCUACCAGGCGAGUCCCUCGCAAGGCGCCCCCGGUCCCGGACAGCAUGGUCAGUAUGGUGGCGGAGCUGCUGCUGCUCCCCUGCAGCCGCCACCACCGCCGCCGCCGCACCAUGCCAGUAUGCUGCACCACCCGAACGCCGCCCUGGGUGACAUCUGCCCCUCGGGCCAGCCCCACUACGGCCACAAUCUGGGCUCGGCGGUCUCCUCCAGCAUGCAUCUGACCAACUCCAGUCACGAAGCCGAUGGCGCCGCCGCCGCAGCUGCCGCCUAUAAGGUGGAGCACGAUCUGAUGUACUAUGCGAAUACCUCCUCGGACAUGAACCCAACGGCUGAUGGUUUCAUGAACUCCAUUUUCACCGACGAGGAUCUUCAUUUGAUGGACAUGAAUGAGAGCUUCUGUCGCAUGGUGGACAACAGCACCAGCAACAACUCUUCGGUCCUGGGUCUGCCCAGCAGUGGACAUGUCAGCAACGGCUCUGGUGGCUCUGCUCAGCUGGCGCCGGGAAACACUCACGCAAACCAAGUCAACGGAGCUUCGGGCGCCGUGGGCCCAAUGAGCACUGGCGGAGCUGCGGGCAUGACCGCCGAUCUUCUGGCCAGCGGCGGUGGUGCAGGUGCACAGGGCGGGGCUGAUCGCUUGGACGCCUCUAGCGACAGUGCCGUCAGUUCGAUGGGCUCCGAGCGGGUGCCCUCCCUCUCCGACGGCGAGUGGGGCGAGGGCAGUGACUCGGCGCAGGACUAUCACCAGGGCAAGUACGGUGGCCCCUAUGACUUCAGCUACAACAACAACUCGCGGCUGACCACGGCCACCCGUCAACCGCCGGUGGCGCAAAAGAAGCAUCAGUUAUACGGAAAGCGGGAUCCUCACAAGCAGACCCCAUCGGCUCUGCCACCGACAGUGCCGCCGGCAGCUGCCACGGCCGUGCAGUCGCAGAGCAUUAAAUACGAAUACGAUGCGGGAUACGGAUCCUCGGGAAUGGCCAGCAGUGCUGGCGGUAUCAGCAGCGAAGCUGGCGCCAUGGGACCGGCCCUGUCGAAGGACUACCACCAUCACCAGGCGGCCUACGGAAUGGGCGCCAGCGGUAGCAACUUCAAUGGGGACUACACCCACCGACCCACUCCCAGGACUGCUGAAGACCUGGUGCACCUAAAUCACACCUACUCGGCCCUGCCCCAGGGAAGUGGUGCCCUGCCAAGACCCCAGGCGCGCGACAAGAAGCCUCAGGUGGCCACUAAGACAGGAUCAGGCAAGGGAGCCAACUCUGGCGGCGGUAGCAGCAGCAGCAGCAGCAGUGCCGGCGGCAGUAGCCACGGCGGAGAGGAUGAGCAUCUGACCCGUGAUGAGAAGCGUGCCCGUGCCCUGAACAUCCCUAUUCCGGUGCAGGACAUCAUCAAUUUGCCCAUGGACGAGUUCAACGAGCGUCUGUCCAAAUACGACCUGAGCGAGAACCAACUGUCCCUGAUCCGCGACAUCCGUCGUCGUGGCAAGAACAAGGUGGCGGCCCAGAACUGCCGCAAACGCAAGCUGGACCAGAUCCUCACCCUCGAGGACGAAGUGAACGCUGUGGUGAAGCGCAAGACGCAGCUGAACCAGGACCGCGAUCACUUGGAGAGUGAGCGCAAGCGCAUCUCCAACAAGUUUGCCAUGCUCCAUCGACAUGUGUUCCAGUAUCUUCGUGAUCCUGAGGGCAACGCAUGCUCGCCGGCUGACUACAGCUUGCAGCAGGCCGCCGAUGGCUCUGUCUACUUGCUGCCGCGUGACAAACCCGAGGGCAACAACACGGCCACAGCUGCCUCCAAUGCUGUGUCCUCGGGCAGCAACGGACAUGUGCCCGCCCAGGCACCGAUGCACGGCCACCAUGGCCAGCACGGAAUGCAGGCCCAGCACGUCGGUGCUGGAAUGAGCCAGCAGCAGCAACAGCAGCAGUCGAGGCUGCCCCCGCAUCUGCAGCAACACCAUUUGCAGCAGCAACAGCAGCCAGGAGGUCAGUCGCAACAGCAGCACCGCAAGGAAUGAAAGUACCUGUUGCGAAUCGCCGCAACAAAGAGUUGGUUCACUAGCUUCCAGCGCGAGCAGCUUCGAGCCGAGCAGCAGCAGCAGCACCAGCAACACUAUCAGCAGCAGCCGCAAUUCGAUUACCGCUACGACCUGCUGAACAGCAGUUACCUGUACUAAUGGUUAUUCUUCUUCACUAGCUGCAACAUGUUGCUGGCAACAUUCGUUGCACCUGCUGUUGCUGCUAUAUCGGGCAGUGGAAGCUUCUUCAUACAUCCCUCCCUCUCCAUCCCCCACACUUCCAUCUACAGUUUACUUUAGUCAGCUUUUCAGCUUUGUUAUUUAUUUUGUAAUUAUUAAUUAUUCAGACUCGUCCUAACUUUUCCGGAGAGCCUUUUACUUAAAAGCGAAAGAAAAAAAAAAUAUGAAAAAAUCUAUACUUGUGAUAAAUCAACUAUUUCUUCAACUGGCGCUCACAAGCAGAACACUAGCGAAUGCAAACAGAUUAUGUUUUAAAUGAAUUUUAAAAUCAGAAAAGUAUGCAGAAUCAGAAUCAGAACCCCCAAUCACAAAUCACAUUCACACACAACAUAGCUUAUCAAGGCGUCGUCCAAUACUAUUCGAUGGUGAAACCGUUAACAGAUUUAUAUAAUAUUAGAUUGUAAAAUAAAUGAGAAAGCAUAAAUGAAUACAGAACGAGAAAUGUAAAAUAUAGAUAUAUAGACAAUGAACACACACAUCCAGAAACACAUGAACACCACACACACACAGUCGUUUGUAAAGGUUGAUAGAUAUAUUGCUGGACAUGAAAUGAAAUACGCCCGUAAGACAGUUAGUUGUAAGCCCCUAGCCGUAUACUAUAGUCUAGUGAGAGAGAUCUACCAUAGAAACAUUAAGUUCACGCGGCAUUUAUCAAAAUCAACCCAUUAUACCCACAAAAACAAACAAAAAACACAUCCACAAGCAGAAACAUAACACAAAUUAGCGUAUCAGACUAAGCUAGCAUCUAGAAUCUGUAAAUACAUACUUUUAACUUAGUUAACCAUUAACCAGAAUUAGGCUACUGAAACUACAAAAAAAAACUAAGAAAACCCUAAAAAAAAGAAAGAAUACAAAAACAAAAAAAAAGCUAAGGCCCUUGCUAGGGCGUAUCAGCAGUCCUGGUAGAGGUUUAGUCGAUAAGCGAUAAGAGAUAUUAAUAUUUAAUAUUCUUCAAAACAAUGUCCUACAGCAUAAAGAGUUUAACUUUAAUAUAAACACUUACACGUACUAUAUUAACUUAACAGGUCCGCUACGAAAAUCGAAACAAUCUAUUGUUACUGUAGGCAUACGUAUUUUAAUUGUUGUAAUGAAUUUCGCGCUUUUUGGAACGCAAAACACUACAAAAACUACAAAAUUCAAUAAAAGCGCGCAGCUUUUCAAUUACGGAACGCGAAAUUAUUUGUUGUAAAUUGAAAUUGAACUAAUUAUCUACCAUUGUACUACUACUACUCGUACAGACACUCUAAUGCAUACGUAAAAACAUUAACAUUAAUUUGGAGGGAGUGUGCUCAGACAUUACCAAAGUCCACAAGAUACUAACCCAAGGAUUACCAUCGAGGAUUCCUGUGCACGCUUCGGCCAAUACCAUGUACUUGUAUGUUUCUAUCAGAUUUGUAUGUAUGUUUCAUAAGAAAAUUUGUAUGCUUUAAAAACGAUCAACUUUUCGUCAGCUAAACAAAGAAACCGUCAAAAUUAAAGAAAAAUACUAAAAAAAUA